GUAAUCUGAUCAUUGUUUUCAGGUAAUUUCCUUGCUGGUGGUCUGUGUAUGAUCAUGCUAGUUUUACUCUUUCCCUUUCUAUUAUCUUCCCCUUCUCUAUUGUGGUCUUCUCUACUCUUCUGCAGUUAAAAUUUUCACUACAGACUGUCAAAAACUGCAUAAUUUUACACGGUCAACCAAUAGCUUGCAAAUAGUUUUAAUCCAUUGUGGAUGGGGGUUGAGGGCGCUUCAGUAAUGUGUUUCAGGGCUUGGUUAUUGUGAGUUAUAUUUGUUAGUGACAGAGAUAAGAGUUUUAUACUUGGCCAAUCUUGGGAGUCAUGCCUGUUUCAGGAAAUGAAGAGCCUGGUAUCAUCACCCGGCAAUCUAGUAAUUCUUCUGCAGGUAUUCCUAUUAAGAAAAGGAAAUUUCCAUUAAUUGGACCGGCUUCACCUCUGCCUCAAGAACUGUCUACACUCUCUGUGGAAAGUGAUAAAAUACAGAACCAACACUCUAAUCCGAGUCAAGAGCUAUCUCUUUCGAAUGUUAGUGAUCCGACAAACUCUCCCACCAAAUCUGUAGUGAGCAAGAAUUCCUUUACGGAGGUAAAAAAAGAAACAAAUUCUCCCGCCAGAUCUGAUGCAAGCAAGAGUACCAUAUUGGAGGUCAAACAGGAGAGCCUCACUGAUACAAAUUUUAACUACGUCCCAAACAAAGUUAACCUCUCUAGAGACACGGUUCAGGAACCAACUCUUACGAUUUGCUCAAGUUUCGUGGAUAACAUAGAAAGCAACGAGAAGUUUAUGCAGGCUGGAAAAUAUGUGUCCCCAAAAGCUCCAGCAAGUACUGAGUUGCAUUUACCACCUAAUGAAGUGUCUGCAUUGUAUAUAGGGAGUGCCCUUAGCAAACAACAGGUUGAAAGGGAUUCUAAACUCGACCUUUCUACAGUACCAGGGAAUGUUUUGUUAUCAUUAGGACUAAAGGAACCUUGUAUCCCAGUGUUGACAAGUCAAAAAAGUGAAGUGAGUCAUCAAAUCCACGACAAAUUAGACCCUUCUUCACUGGGUUUGCAUCUAAGAAAGGAAAAUCCUAUCACCCAAUGCAAGAGUAGUGAUGAUAAUUUGAAUAACCAUAGCCGCCAUGGAUGUGGUAGUAGAUCGAACUGGGACCUGAACACUACAAUGGAUGCAUGGGAGGGUUCUCUUGGUGAUGCUGCUAUACAGGGUCAUGUUUAUUAUGAUGUGUUAAAUGCGACUAGGGGUGGACAUGAUAAAAGGGCUUGUAUAGGCUCAACAGGGAUGGCUGGAAUCGGUGUUGAUACAGGGAAACAGAGUCCUGGAGUGGUUGAACACAGAUCUAAUUUCCCCAGCUCAUCCUUUCUCCCAAACCAGCAAUAUAAAUCUGAGGAUUCCCUUCAUUUAAGCCUUGGUGUGUCCUUUUGUCAGCCAAGCUUUACCGAGAAACAAUCUGGCUCAUCAGCUAAAGCAGAUUCAGGUAGAAAUUUUCCUAAUGCAAACUUGCUUGGAGUGCAGGUUUCAACAGUAAACAUGGAUUCUGUUGGUGUUAGGGCCAUAAAAUCAGAGCCAUUAAAUGAGAAUGCUAAACAGGAUUGUUUGGGAGUCGGAGGCAAUCCCAUGGGAUUGGAUAUUGGAACUAUAAAGCAGGAAAUGGUGGAGAGGUGCAAUACAGAAGCUGCGAAAUUGUUGAGCAUUAGCUCUCAUAAAUUAGUGGAACAUAGAUCAAUAAAAUCAGAACCAGUUCCGGUGGGUAUUCGGGCAACAAGCAGUAUGAUAGACAACAAUUCUUCUUCAACCAGGACAGUGCCUUUGGCACCUUUUCCUACUUGUUCAGAGUUGUCUACAAGUGGAGAGAUACCAGUUCAAUCAGAACAUUUGAUUCAUAACAAAGUUCUUAAUAGCUGUGCACCUCAGAAAGCAUGUGGAAGUGGUGAUCAAACUGCUGCAGAAACAGUUUCUUUUUCUGUGGGCCCAGAACAUAAAGAAUCAAAUGUAUCUGGUGGUAUGAUAAAUAGUUGCAGAGCAGAGGACUUGAAAGGUGGUAUUCCUGAAAUGAGCAGAGUGGAGCAGAUGGAUGAGCUUCCUCUAGAUUCAUGUGGAAAUGGUGGGGGAUCAGUAAGUGAUGAGGAAAAGAUAAGCAUAUCGGCUGAUAUGCUGGAAGAAGAAGAUUCAUAUGAUACUAAUUAUGAAUCAGAUGGUAAUCAUGCUUUCGUUACUCCUGGUGACAUAGAUGAUAGACAGUGUAAUAAAGAAGAUGAUGAAUUUGAAGAUGGCGAGGUCCGGGAACCACUAGUGCAUUCGGCGGUAGAAGGCCCUAGUGGUGAAGUAAGGGAGGCAGAAAAUAUUGACGUUGGUGACUGUGAUACUAAAACUGUCGACUGUGUUGGUUUUCCUGGUGGUAGUAAUAGUAGUGUCCAAUCCCAUCUCGAUGAAAAUGACAGUAAGAUGGUAGAUCCUGGUAAAAGGGAGGAUCAUAUCCAAGAUUGUGCUGGCAGUGUUUGCAGUGAGAUAGUUGAAAAGGGUGUUGAUGAAGAUGGUUCUUUGCAUGAACAAUUGACAGGUGAAGUGGCAGCAUCUGGAUCUGAUGAAAAGAGGCCUACAAUUCAAAUUAAACCACUUGGUCGAUCAGGAAGGAAAGAAACCCAGGAGGGCCAUGAAAAAAAUUUAUCAGCUGAUGGAGCCACGAAUGGAAGCCAAGGGACUGUAACAAUGGUUGGUCAGGCUACUGAUGAGAGUGUUAAAGGAACUGACAUGGUGGAAAAAACACAUUCAACUUUACCCAAUACAGAACCACCUCUAAAUGACAGCGAUGCUGCUAAAGAUGCUAAUAGUGGAGGUAACAGAAGCCGCAUUAUAAAUUUACCUCGAGCUUCUAAUCUGACAUCUCCUUAUCAAACAAGAUCUAUUGCGGGUAGGUUUUUGACAUCGCAAACCGGAAGAGAGAGAUAUUCUGAAUUUGAUGGAGAUAAAUUACAUCCAAGAGGGAAUAGAGAUGAAUUUUACGCUGAUGGUCCCCACAAAUUUGUAAGAAAUAGGAGUCAAGAUCUUUCAUUCAGGAACUAUAGACGGAAUUUUAUCCGUGGAAGAGGAAGGGGAUCGAGUCGAUUAGACAACCUAUGCAGUGAAUGGCGUUCAGACCAUAAUUUCCCUCCAGGAAUUUAUAAUCGUCAAGCUGAUUAUCGGUUCCCCAGACAUAAGCGGGCUUCUGUUGUUGCUGAUGCAGAGCUAGAAUGUAAUGGUUAUGAUAUUGUCCCAGAUGGGGCUGUUGUUGGAUCUGGUAGAGGAGGAAGAAAGUCUUCAAAUGAUGAAUUGCCUUCAGUUCGUCAUUUAUCCUCAAGGAGGCUAUCUCCCGGAGGUCGAGAUGGGCCUGCACCAAGGAGCAUCCAUAGGGUUGGUAGAAUUCCAAGAAAUAUGAGCCCAAGUAGAUGCACUGGUGAAGAUGGUUCUGAUUUGGUUGGACUCGGGCAUGAAGAAAAGUACAUGAGGUGUUUGCCUAAUGAUUUUAUUGAUCCUGUAUUUACUCGUCGUCAACCUCCAUAUGAAGGACUGGAUGAUCAGUUUGCUCGAGGGAACAGGGACUUUUCUGUGCAGAGGAGGGGUCUUCCUCGAUUUCGAUCAAAAUCCCCUGUUAGAUCCAGACCGCGUUCCCCUGGCCCAUGGUCAUCUCCUCGAAGAAGAUCUCCGGAUGGAUUUACUGGACCUCCAGAAUUAACUCAGCGGAGAUCUCCAGCAAUUUACAGGAUUGAAAGGAUGAGAUCCCCUAAUCGCGCCUGUUUCCCGGAACAGAUAGUGGGUAGAAGGCGAGGCUCUCCUCCCUAUGUGACUCGGUCAUCUAACUUAAUGAGGGAUAUGGAUUCUGAAAGGGACCAUGGAAAUCUGAGGUCUGUUAUACCCAAUAGAAGGAGCCCACCUGACCGGGGCCUUCCUAGAAGCUCUAGGAGAUUUGAUAGUUUAGAUCCUCGAGAGAGAGUGGAUAAUGAUGAUUACUUUGGAGGGCCCAUACGCACCGGUAGAUUUCAUGAAUUUGGUGCUGAUGGAAGUGUCGAUGAAAGAAAGAAGUUGUGUGAGAGACGAGGACUGGUACGUUCUUUUAGGCCUCCUUAUAAUGGUGAUGAUGGUGAGAAUUUUCAUUUUCAAGUAGAUGAUGGGUCCAGGCCUCGUAGGUUCUGUCCAGAACCUGAUCCGGAUUUUGUUGACAGAAAUAGCUUGAGGGUAAGGGAGUUUGACAGGCCGUUUAAGAAUCGUCCUACAAUUGCAUCUAGGAGAAUGAGAGGCAUGGAAGAGCAAGAAGGAAACUACCGGCAUGGUGGGCAGGGGUGGAAUGACGAUGGGUUUGAUGAUAUGACCGAAGUUAAAAGAAGAAGAUUUUGACUUAGUUUACUUGCUGCUCAUAAUGAACAGAAAACUGAGUGUUUUUUCUGGUGUGGCAGGAGACGACUAGAUGGGAGAGAAAAUAUGGUUAUCUGCAUCCUCAUCAAGGACGUAUUUAUUUUACCUCCUAAUAAUUACAUUUACACUUUGCAGGCAGUUGCUGGAAUUAUAACAAAAGAUAAGGGAUGCCUUGUUUUGGUUGGAAUAGUGGACUGCUAGUAGAAACAGUUUUAGUUAUAAGCGUUCUAAUUAGGAUUUACCAGAAAUGCAGAGUGAGUGGACGGUUUGCAUGGAAUAUUUAAAAAGUGAUGACAUUGCUAAUGAUGGCGUUUCUUUUUUGUGGGGCAAUCAUAUUUGGCGUAUAAAUGGCUCAAUACUUGUUAAUUUACAUCCGAUGCUUAAGUGGUCUCUGGACUAAGAAGUUUAGUUCUCUUGCUAUGGUAGCAAAUUCUCCUGUACGGCUGGUUCCUCUUUUGGGCCUAGGCAUGAGUGUUAGCUGCAGCAUAUCAAUCUUGUUUUAUCAAGCUCUCUGCUGUCAUAUAUUAUGUUGGUACAUUAUCUCUCCCAUGGUCAUGAAGAAGUUAGUUCUUGUAAAUUCUUGGUUGGACCUCCAAUAAAGUUUCUCCUAGUACUUUAUUUGAUGAUACUGUUGUCUGCUUGGAUGGACAAAAAUUUGAAGUAUAUCUAUUUCAGCCACCAAUGGAUCUUCUAUAACAGCGCCCCUAAUUUUGGUUUUUCUUUAAUCACCCAAUUACCACAGCUGUGUUCCUCGGAUCACAUUAUGGUGACUGUUGGGCCUAUGGCUUUGUGCCAUUAAUUUGCUUUAAUGCAUAUAACCCCUUUCUCAGCAGGUAGGCCACACUAUUUUUGAUUGUGAUGCUGAUCAUUAUUUUUUGCUUUGUUGGCGAAAUAGAAUCUGCAUGUAGGAUGCACCAUUACAUCAUGGAGCUUUUUUGCACUGGUGGGAUUCACAAGGUAUGGUGGCUGCAUAAUUGAGCAUCAUGGUGUGUACUACUAUCUGGUGGAUUAUUGAUUUCUUGUGAAGCAGGUGUACUGUGCUGACAUUCCUUUGCAAAGUGUUGGUGUUUCAAGCAAUUAGCUGACGGUGCUUUUGCUUUGUGAUUAAUUGAUGUCUAAAGAGGAGAAAAAUGGCCUUGCAAGCGUCUUAGGAAGCAAACAGUCAAGGUUUUAGUUAUGUAUGUUUGAAAGGUGAGCUCCCACGUACCAUUUGUUGCUCAAGAACUUGAAGAUUCUGGAGUUCAUUAGAAACAAAUGAUGCACAUAUAUGCUGUGUUGGUGAUUGUUGGAUGAUGGGUGCUCAUCGGAUCUGAAAGCGGCCCCUCAAUUAGGAAAUGUGUGUGGUGGGUUUUGUUUCUGCAUCCCACAGAUGAUCUGAACAUUGCAGAUUUCUGAUCUAUUGUGCCCUUGUUUGCACCACCCAUUUUCUGCAUGCUAAAUAGGGCUUCAUGGGAGAUUUUUCUUUUGAAAUGCAGGUAGGCCCCGGCUCUAACUGGUUUGGCCCUCUUUUAUGGGAUAUUAAGUUAGUAUUGUUAUAGAAGCCUUUAUGCAUUAGCAACCAGGUUAAAUCUGAUGAGAGGUUGAAUUUUCCGGUUUAACGCUUGGGAGGGAGAGGAGGCAGCUUGGGAGCAAGAGAUCUUGCUGAUGAUAGGAUUUGAUUGUGGGAGUAGGAAGAAAUGGAGGAGAGGGGAUAUUAUGGAUUUAUGUUUUUUAUGAUGGAGUUCUUAUCUAGUUAUGUGGUAGUAGGUUUAAAAAUGAACAACAAUGGCUCAUUGUGUGGGCGAUCAUCCUCGGUGAUCAGAGCGCCGUAUAGGGCACCUGUCCUCUUUCAAAAGAAAGAUGAAUCCCUUAGACUAUGUGUUGACUAUCGUGCUCUUAAUAAGGUGAGGGUUCAAAAUACAUACCCAGUUCCGCAGCUGCCAUCCAUAUUUAUAGUGAUAGCUGACUAUAAACCUGUAAAAUUUGCUGGCAUAUACUGCCCCUUGUGGCAAUGUUGAGAGCUAACCAGUAUAGUGAUAUUCAUUAUACGAGAUUCCCGUCAUUGGGAACUCUUAGAAGUGUUGAGUGUUAUUUAUUAUGUCGAGCUGGGAAUAGUCAGGAAGUUUGCGGGUCUUUAGCAGAGUUGGUAAUGGCUUAAUGGUGGACUCUAGGUAGAAUUGAAAGCUAAUUUGGAUCAAAAUAGCUUCCCUUGGAGGUCAAAAGUGAGCUAGAAGUUGGAAGUGGUUAAAGUGUGUUUUGCCCGUGUUUGAAGUUAUGUUCAAAUCUAAAUGACCCACUUAUCCCUUGUAAUAGCUUGGUUGGGAUGCUACUUUAGGAAAAAAAUAUUCAAUGCUAUGGUAAUUUUACCUCAUCAUUGUCGCGUAGUGUUACUAACUAAUUAAAAAACUACAAGUAAGUAAAUGAAUCUCACUAUUUUCAUAAUUAUCGGUGACAUAAGAUUAAUGAGAUUCACUUUGUUUAGUUGUGGU